CCUGGGAGCCCUGCCCGGCGACACAGGGAUGGCCCCGAGGCCUCCGACGGCCAGGCACCAGGAAUCACUGACAUUUAAGGAUGUAGCUGUGAACUUCACCCAGGAAGAAUGGCACCACGUGGAUGCUGCUCAGAGGCGCUUAUACAGGGAUGUGAUGCUGGAGAACUAUAGCCACUUGGUUUUUCUUGGAUAUCAAGUUUCCAAGCCAGAGGUGAUCUUCAAAUUGGAGCAAGGAGAAGAACCGUGGAUAGCAGAGGGAGAAAUCCAAAGACCUGUCUGUCCAGACUGGAAGACCAGGCCUGAAGCCAAAUCUUCACAUCUGCAGCAGAGUAUAUCUAAAGUAUUCCUUAGCACAGAUGAGCUCUCACAUACCACGGGAGAAGAUACUUGGGACCUUAGUGGCCAGUUAGAAAGACAUAAGGAAAACUGGAAGAGACAUCUGGGGCCAGAUUCAUCCACCCAGAAGAAAAUAAUCACACCAGAGGAAACUUGUGAGCAAAAUACAUUUGGUGAAAACUGUAGAUUGAACACAGACCUGAUUACACAACUGAACAUUCCUCCAGGGUCUAGUGAAUGUGAUACCCUUGGGAGCAAUUUGGAACAUAAUUCAGACUUGCUUAAUCAGAAUAAUAUCCUUACAAAAAAGAAACCUUAUAAGUGCAAUAAAUGUAGAAAAGCAUUUAUUCACAGAUCAUCUCUGACUAAACAUGAGAAAACUCAUAAAGGAGAUGGAGCUUUCCCCAAUGGUACAGAUCAGGGAAUUUAUCCUGGAAAGAAGCACCAUGAAUGUACUGACUGUGGGAAAACCUUCCUCUGGAAGACACAACUUACUGAGCAUCAGAGAAUUCACACUGGAGAGAAACCCUUUGAAUGUAAUGUGUGUGGGAAGGCCUUCAGGCAUAGCUCCUCCCUAGGUCAGCAUGAGAAUGCUCAUACUGGAGAGAAACCCUAUCAGUGUAGUCUUUGUGGGAAAGCCUUCCAGCGCAGCUCCUCUCUUGUUCAGCACCAGAGAAUUCACACAGGAGAAAAACCUUAUCGAUGUAAUUUGUGUGGGAGGUCGUUUAGGCACGGCACAUCCCUCACUCAGCAUGAGGUUACACAUAGUGGAGAGAAACCCUUCCAGUGUAAGGAAUGUGGGAAAGCUUUUAGUCGAUGUUCUUCUCUUGUCCAACACGAGAGGACACAUACAGGAGAGAAACCUUUCGAAUGUAGCAUAUGUGGGAGAGCUUUUGGUCAGAGCCCAUCCCUUUACAAACACAUGAGGAUUCAUAAGAGAGGCAAACCUUACCAAAGCAAUAACUACAGCAUAGAUUUCAAGCACAGCUCAUCUCUUACUCAAGAUGAAAGCAAUGUCACUGAAGUGAAGUCCUAUCAUUGCAAUGCCUGUGGGGAAGACUUCAGUCACAUUGCAGACUUCUCUGACCAUCAGAGGAUCCACACUGGAGACAAGAACCCCUAUGAUUGUGAGCAGGCCUUCAGUCAACAACCUAUUUCUCAUCCUGGUGAGAAACCCUAUCAAUGUAAUGUAUGUGGAAAAGCUUUCAAAAGGAGUACGAGUUUCAUAGAGCAUCACAGAAUUCAUACUGGGGAAAAACCCUAUGAAUGUAAUGAAUGUGGAGAAGCUUUCAGUCGACGCUCAUCACUGACUCAACAUGAGAGAACCCACACUGGAGAGAAACCCUAUGAAUGUAUCGAUUGUGGGAAAGCCUUCAGUCAGAGUUCAUCCCUCAUUCAGCAUGAGAGAACUCAUACCGGAGAAAAACCCUAUGAAUGUAAUGAAUGUGGGCGAGCUUUCCGAAAGAAAACCAAUCUGCAUGAUCAUCAGAGGAUCCAUACUGGAGAAAAACCCUAUGCUUGUAAGGAAUGUGGGAAAAACUUCAGUCGAAGCUCAGCUCUUACUAAACAUAUGAGAAUUCAUACACGAAAUAAACUCUAGGACCCGUGACAUUAAGAAAUAUGAAGAAAGCUUUAGUUAAAAUAUUCAGUAUCAGAAGAUUCUUACAGGAGAGGAAGCUUGAGGAUAUAAUGAAUUGUGUGUGUGUGCAUGCACACAUGCCUGCAGGUGUGUAUGCUUGUGCGCAUUGUAUGUUGAGAAAUCUCUGUACUAACAGUGUUUUUUUUUUUUUAAAUAAAAGCCACAUUCUCAGAUCUGAUUACAUACAUGUGAAAACAACUACAGACGUCUUAUAUAACCUGUUAGAAAUGACAUGCCUAUAUAUUGGACUUUGUAAAGUUUUGAAUAUAUGUAUGCAGGGA